AUGGCUGAAAGGGAUAUACAGCCCCCAACAUCCGAGAAAGCCAGUAACGAUUCCGACGCGAACCCUGCGCGACGGCACAGUCUCAGAGGACUCAGACAUGGGAACCGACACCACCAAAAGGUUAAGUUCUCCGACACUGCCGACAGUGUGGAGGAUUCUCAUCUCGAGGCUGGCGCGCACGGAACUGUCCCGACAAUUCGAUUGUCUGAUUCCGAAGACGUCGCCGACCACGGUCUUCCCGCUUCGGAUUGGGCUGGCAUCACAAAUGCUGCCGCCGCUCAAGCCCAAGACCGUGCCAGUCGCCUAGCCAAUAGAUUAAACCUUUCUCAGACCCAACCGAGACCACAUUCAGGAAUUCUUAUUUCUCAAAGCACGACUCCUCAAACGUUGGUAUCUCCGAAUUCGUCUCCUCCCACAAAGCCACUGAGUGAUUGGCCUGGCAACGACGACGAAAUCCCCUUAGAGCCACUUGAAAAGGACAAACGCCUCUAUGCGCUACACGAUGUAACGAGUGACGAUGAGACAGACAGCGAACACCCUAAGGCUCUACAUCGAGAAAAUGAGAAUAUCGAGGAAGCAAGACGGCUCGUUAGAACAUUGACAAGUGGUCAGAAUGCAACCGUGUGGCAGGAGGAACCCCGGUCCGGAACAGAGACGCCCGCGGUUGACAAGCACCUCCAUGAUUUGGAAUAUGUUCCCCCCCCCGAUCAAUAUCGUCCCAGUGUUUUUGGGGCUCUUCUUGCCUCAAAACUGGCACAUCUACAGCGGAAUGGUGUUACACAUCCCGCGUACCACGACGAGCCAACCCCACGCCCGCCCAACAAGUACUCUCCAAAAAGCUACUAUUCCAAAGGCCAUUCUCGUGCAGGCUCCGAAAGUCGCGAUCUCUCUACGCCUUCAUCAGGAAGGGCCACGCCCUCUAAAAGGCCGAAGUGGUAUGAUAAGAACAACCACGAACGCCAAUCAACCGGGUCCCUGGCAACCUUAUUGGCUCAAGCCUCCAUGACCUCGACAGCACCGGCGGCGCCUCAGACCAGCAACUACGUGCCUCGCCCACCUGAUCACCAGACAAAGUCGUCUAAUGGCAUGAUAGCCACAGCAGUGGACAUGAUCAAACACCCCGCAAACUAUUUCCAUCACAAAUCUACGCAGUCCCUCCUGAUAGAUGAGGAGCGAGUCAUCCUGGACGUCGCCGAAAUCAUCGCAUGUCGCAAGUACUUGAAGAAAUUAGCUCGAUGUCUGAUGGCAGUCGGAGCACCAACCCAUCGUCUUGAGGAAUAUAUGAAGACCUCUGCACGGGCGCUCAAUAUCGACGGCGACUUUCUCUACAUGCCAGGCUCAAUGCUGAUCUCCCUCAACGAUAGAGUUACUAUGAGUACUGAAGUCACUCUGGUAAAGGAGUCGCAGAGUGUGGAUCUGGGAAAGUUCAGAGACGUCUUUGACGUGUACAAGUUGGUCAUUCACGGCAAAUACACUGCCGAACAAGGGACGGCCGAUCUAGACGAGAUCAUGAAGAAGCGCGGACGGCAUCCUCUUCUCCUACGGAUUUUUGCGUACGGCAUCGCGGCCAUUGCGGUGGGACCUUUCGCCUUUUCUGCUCGACCAGUUGACUUUGGUCCAAGUUUUAUCCUGGGAUGCAUUCUGGGCUGGUUACAGCUUGUGGUGGUGACACGAUCGGAACAGUUCUCGCACGUAUUCGAAAUUCUUGCAUCCGUUCUCAUUUCUUUCGCUUCCCGAGGCCUGGGCUCUAUCUACCACAAAGGCACGGCCGUGUUCUGCUUCUCGGCCAUCGCGCAAAGUAGCAUAGCCUUGAUCCUGCCGGGAUACAUGGUGCUAUGCUCUGCAUUGGAAUUACAAAGCAAAAGCAUCGUUUCAGGGUCGGUCAGAAUGGUAUACGCCAUCAUAUAUUCGUUAUUUCUCGGUUUCGGAAUUCUGAUCGGCACAGUUGUUAUGGGCCUCAUCUACCCUCAAGCACAGAGCGACGUGACCUGCAACAUCCCAGCUUGGUGGAACGACUCCAAUCACGGCCCCAAGCUUUUAUAUGUCAGAUUUAUCUGGGUACCCAUAUUUGCAAUAUGCCUUGCUAUCAUCAACCAAGCGAAAUGGAAGCAAAUGCCGGUCAUGAGUGCCAUCGCUUUUGUCGGCUACCAAGCAAAUUUUUGGAUUUCGACGAAACUUUCGAAUAACAUCCAGGUGGCCAACGCGAUCGGCGCCUUUGCAAUAGGGACAAUGGCUAAUUUAUAUUCUCGCUUCUUCCAUGGUCUGGCGGCUGCCGCCAUGCUACCGGCAAUCUUUGUUCAGGUUCCCAGCGGAUUGGCUGCGAGCGGGAGUCUAGUGGCUGGCAUCACGAGUGCCGAUCAAAUCACCGGCAACAUGACAGGAGUUAGUGUCAUCAACAACGGCACGGCGGGUUUUCUGGACGCCCAAAACAGUACAACCAGUGCGAGUGUCUACGGCGGGACGAUUUUCAAUGUUGGGUACGGGAUGGUUCAAGUGGCAAUCGGUAUUAGCCCCACCGACCGACGUUUGACCCUGCACGAGGAAAAGAGGCGCAGAGAGGCCCUGCUUAUCACCAGCGGCUACUCCCUGCCUACACUCUUCUCAAAGUUCGGUCGGUUGCGAUCAAGUUUCCGUGAAGAAGUGCUUCUGACCAUCAUCACUAGGCAACCUGGUCAAGGCGGAGCCGCAGAAGCUCAGCAGAGAGAUCUCAGGGCAGAAUUACUUGCGGCCGAAGCGGCUCAUUUUGCCAAGACGAAGGGGACAACUGCAGAAGCCACGAACAGCCCCUCUAAAGCUAUAAAGCGAGAACUCGAAGAUUCCUCUGAUGCUGGUCACAGCGACAAUGAAGAUCCUGAAACCAAACGAAGAAGGAUACUCGAAGAUACCCGAGAUAUCGACGCGGACUCAGACGGAAGCGAUACAGAAAGCAGCGAUGAAGAGAGUGAUGAAGAAGACGAGACGGCAGAACUGAUGCGCGAGCUCGAGAAGAUCAAAAAAGAAAGAGCAGAGCAAAAGGCACGGGAAGAAGCAGAGCAGGCUCAACAGGCACAAGACCAGCGAGAACGAGACAUUGCACUUGGUAACCCGCUGCUCAAUCCAAAGGCAUUCAACGUGAAGCGGAGAUGGGACGACGAUGUGGUCUUCAAAAACCAAGCUCGAGGCACGGAACAGAAAGGGAACAAGGAAUUUGUCAAUGAUCUACUGAGGUCGGACUUCCACAAGAAGUUUAUGUCGAAAUAUGUCCGAUAA